AUUUCCGGGAGAGCGGCGGUGGCGGCGAGCUGAGGUCACAAUGUCGGAGCUGAGCGAUGAAGCCAGCGAGUCAGAACUGCUGAAUCGCAGCCUGUCCAUGUGGCAUGGAGUGGGUCAGAUGGUCUAUCACCAAGAGUUAGACGUUCCUUUGGAUCUUCAUACAGCAGCAUCUGUAGGACAGUAUGAGGUGGUAAAGGCGGGUAUUCAAUGCAGGGAGACGGACCUGAAUCGGAGGAACUGUGGUGGCUGGACCCCAUUAAUGUACGCCUCUUACAUUGGCCACGACACUAUUGUGCGUAUCCUGCUAGAGGCUGGCGUAAACGUCAAUGUAUCAACCCCAGAAGGGCAGACUCCACUUAUGCUGGCUGCUAGCUGUGGAAAUGAGAGUGUUGCCGCUUUCCUCCUUCAGCGAGGUGCUGAGUUGGAGAUGAAGGACAUCCAUGGCUGGACCGCCCUCUUUCACUGCACCAGUGCUGGCCAUCAACAAAUGGUCAAGUUCUUAUUGGACAGUGGAGCUAAUGCUAACUGCAGGGAGCCCGUUUGUGGGUACACCCCACUGAUGGAAGCAGCUGCUUCUGGCCACGAGAUCAUUGUGCAGUAUCUUCUCAAUCACGGUGUGAGAGUAGAUGUACGGGACAGCACUGGAGCCCCAGCGCGGGCCUUGGCCAUGAAGUACGGACACACGAAGAUCGUAGGGUUGAUCGACCUGCACACUGCCCCCGUGCCCAAGGUCCUCUGCAGGGGCCCAGGAAAAUAUGAAGAUCUGAGCUCGUCGGAUGAAUCCUACUCCGCUCCUCAGAGGCAGAGGCCCACUCGCAAGUCCAAAGGGCCCAGUAUCCAUGAGGGGCCCCAUGCUUUGGCCAAGAUAACGGCAGUCAGAACGGGAGGGAAAAGCCAAUUACGUCAUGAGCAGGUCCCUCCGGAGGGCUACGUUACCUUUAACGAUGAUGGAAAUGGCUUUGAAGGAGGAGAUCUCCGGUACCGAGAUGUCACGUCUCCCAUCAAUGAUCACGACGUGGAAAGCAGUAGCAGCCGAGAAGAUAAUUCCUUCUUCACCGCUGAUGUUGCCACCAUCAGGACGAGCAGCAGCAGCAGUGAAGGCCUGGCCAAAGCCGUGGGGAUCAGUAGCGAAGGCUCUAUGGAGAGCAAUGAGGACUCAGACCACGCGACCAAGUUCUCCAGUCGAAAACCUGCCAAGAGCUUCGCCAAGGCUAAGAACCGCUACAGCAACAGUGACAGCCACUGGUCUUACCGAUCCAAGGCCUCUAAUCAGCACUGCAGCCCCUCUGAUCCAGAGGCACCUUCUCACGCGGGGCCCCAGGAUCUCGCCACCUUCCUGGAACAGAUCGGCUGUCUGAAGUACCUGCAGGUGUUUGAGGAGCAAGAUGUGGACCUUCGCACUUUCCUGACUCUAACAGAGAGUGACUUGAAAGAGAUUGGCAUCACUCUCUUUGGGCCAAAGAGGAAGAUGACGUCUGCCAUUGCCCGAUGGCAUAGCAGCGCCCAGCCUCCCAGGGAUGCCCUCGAACUGGCCUACGCUGAUCGUCUGGAGGCAGAAAUGCAGGAGCUGGCCAUUCAGCUCCACAAGAAGUGUGAGGAGGUGGAAGUGCUGAAGGGGCAGGUGUCCCAGGAGCAGGAGCUGCGUGCCGUGGUCGAGGGCUGCUUGAUGGAGCAGGAUGUGGCCUGGAGCGAUGCCCAGGCAAACCUUCAAGAGGUGCAGGCCAUCACCAGAAACGCUGGGAUCCUCCUAGAACAGAUGCAGGCCUGUCAGGCAGAACUGUCUUCCCGAAUGAAUCAGGAGCGUGCAGCUAGCCGGUUUUCGGACGUUAAAGCGCAGCGGCCAGCUGGCCCAGAAGGAUGGCCAUCCACCUUGAAGGUCCUCAGCUUGCCUGAGCUGUCAACUCUUCUGCAGGAGUGUGUGGGAGAAAUGGGGAAAGUCCUUCAUUCUGUCAACCUUAAUCUCGAGAGGCUGCAGAGUCCGGAGAAGGGCAAGCCGGCCCGGAAACACCCCUAGCAGUGGAGGAAGAGAUUCUGACGUCGGGUGACCCUUCCACCCAGAAGCUGUGUUUGCCUGGGAGAGUGAGCGAGUGUGAAAGGUGAAUCGACUGCGCAGGCCGUCUGCAGCGAGAGCCGUCGGUCCCUGUCCGGAGAAAGCGGGCGAGACGUGGCGUAGAAAGGAGCCCCCAUCUGGGCGAAGCAGAGACCCUGCCUCCGAAGGAGGAGCGUGGGUCUAAAUCCUGCUGAAGUUGAAAGUUUGAAGGUUCCAAGCAGGUGACUUGACGUUGUUCGUCACUUACCAUGGAAGGCGUGUUUGGUAUUGGUUACAAAUCAAAGAAGUGGCAUCUUUCAGCAACCAAAUUUCUCUCCUUUUGUCCCCUUCUCUGGGCUCACGUGGGAGGAAAGAUUGCAGCCAUCAGACUCUGUGGUUGGGGUCCUCCACCCCUUUUUGUGGGGUGGACCGGUUUAGAACUGGAGCUCCCCGAGGGUUUGCAGAAAUGCAAGGACCCUCCCCAUGUCCUGUCUCAUCAUGUUUGGUUUAGCGUGUAAGUGAGCAGCCACUGCAGCAGUGGCAAGGUGGAAGGUUCAUCAGUGCUAGAAAGCAAGGAACACACACACACAACUUGGUGCACAACCACCCUCCCUUUUGUCCUCCACGCUGAGAUGAUUCUUCAGUGAAAGCGCCAACUUUAGCAAUAGCCAUUGGGGCGUUCCCAGUCCUUUCCUCUUCUAGCAGACCGCUUGGGCCUUUAUUAGUCUCCGAUGUUAUGAGGCUCCCUUUGUGGGCACAAACAUGGGAGUUGUAAAUCCUCCUGCUGACUUACCUUGGGAGGCUCAUGGUUUGGCCAGGGUGCUCCUCUGCAGAGCUGUGAACUCUUGGCCACUCAUGACAACCUGCUGCUGUUCUUAUGGGGCCACUCCCAUAAGAGGAGCUGCGAUCAGAGUUGUGCUCACUUCUGAAUGCAAAUCCCGUGUUCAGCGUGACAUGGGAGCAGAACGUUCCCCAAGCUAGCUAGCAACAGAAACUGGCAGUCCCGGAGCCUUUGAAUAGGUUGUGUUCAUUCAUUCAGAGACUUGCCCAGUGGUGGGGUACCUGCAGCUCUCCAGAUGUUGGGCCACAACUCCCACCACCUCUCACCUUUGCCCGUACUGACUAGGGCUGAUGAGCAUUGAAGUCCAGCUGGAAGGUCAGAAGUUUCCCCACCCUUGGGCUAGCUUGAUUGGGGGAAGGAGAUGAAACCCUUUCGUUUCUCCCGCUUGCUUCUGACUGAUUGCGUGUGCAGCCACAUGGAGUCCGUGUACAUAACCUUGAACCUUAGCUCACUUCACACCUGCAUGGUGUGAAGACCCAGUAAUGUAACGUGUUAACUAGACACCUGUAUUCUGCAGGGUAAGUCAUUUGAGAGCUAGGUUUGGUUGGCUCCCAUCUGUGGUAAACCCUGGUUUUCCACUAUCUGAAACGUGCAGACUAAUCUUCCGCUUACUUAGAAAGGGUGCGUGUUUUAGCAGAGUGGCCGAUGCUGUUGUUCAGAACUUGCAUCGGUCCUGCAAAAUGAACUCUUUCCUCUCCACCCGUGUUAACGCAAAGGGUUAUGGGUGCCUUUAAAACUUCCGUGGCCUUUUACAGGAGUCUCAGCAAAGGGAGGCUGGUCUGGUGUGAAAUCUACUUCGUUCAGCUUCCUUCUGAGGCACCAAGAUGGUAAAUUAUUUUAUAGUUUUAUUGUUUUUAUUGUGAGGUUUAAAUUAGCUGCCUCAAAUUGUACAUAAGGUGAGAGAUAAAUAUUUUAAAUACAAAUACAAUAAACCCAUGGCUAGACUGUACUACUUUCAGCUGCACGUGGGGCUUAAAUUAUAAUUUCCUCCCUAUCAAAAAGAGAAUUGAUGAGCCUCCACCUCCGCCUGGUGACCUCUAGAUGUUUUGGACUGAACUCCCACCAGUCUAGCCAUCUUGGCCAAGUGCUAGGGGACGAUGGGUCUUGUGGUCCAAAACAGCUGGAGGACCCAAGUUGGGGAAGGAUUCUACCCUUAAAGGUGGCUGUACUAGAGGUUGUCACCUUUCUUCCCUGCCACACUAGUCCUUUCUAACGCGCAGGGAAUUAUCUUGUAUAUUAUCCACUGCAGUUUGAAGUGGUACAGCUCAGACAUAGGUUAACCACUUUAUUUGGUGCUUGCGAGAACCAGAAAUUGUGGAUUAUUAUUAUUAUUAUUAUUACUAUUAUUAUUUUUAAAAAGAAAUACAGUCAGUUUUUUUAUAUGCUGGUCUGAGUGGCGGAAAGAGCAACAGUGCUUUUAAAUGGAAAAUCUGGAACCUUUUAAAGGCCAAAGUGCACUAGAGAGAGCAGCCUAUCUGGGUGCCUUUCUGAUACUUAACCAGCACAGCCAUUGGUCUUGCGGACUGUUGGCAAUUGGAGUUGCAGUCCCAACGCAUCAGGAGCGCAUCAGGUUGCGGGAGGGUGUCCUUCAGAAGGGCCGAUUCCCCCCGACUUUCGGGGCCCCAGUGUUCUUUUUGCAAACUGUUAACCUUGGUGACCAAAGUUUAACAACGUACUCUUUUGUGAAAUAAAUCACUUUGAUUCUUAA